AUCAAGGAUUUUGAAGUUCAGAAGAGCUUCAAGAAAUCUGAAAGAAAAGGCACUGUUCUCUUUGCGUGUGGAGACAAGUUCCAGAAGGAAGCUGACUGCAGGUGCAGAGAGUCCUGGAGGUAGGAAUCUCGGUUAAUUCAGGAUUGCUCUGGUUUCUCCGCUGGAAGAAGGAGGAGGCUCAGAGGGAAGUGGCAAGCUUCCAGUCCGGCAGAACUUCCUCUACCCUGCGCAUCAUACCAAUCUAGAGAGAAACUUGGAUCCCCCUGACGUGAUGAGAGUUCAGCGCGAGCCUCAAAAGUCCUGGAUUGAAGAAGUCUUUGACAAAAGGGAAUGUAUACAAAUUAUACCCAGCACAAAAGAUCCUCACAGAUGCACUGCAGAAUGCCAAGUGUGUCAGAAUUUAAUAAGGUGCUAUUGUGGACGAUUGAUUGGAGAACAUCAUGAUGUGGCAUAUCGUUGGGCUGUCUCUUCCACUACCCAGGACCAAGAAGAGGAAGAAUGGUCUGUGGAAAAACACACAAAGAAAAGUCCUACUGAUACCUUUGGCACUAUUAACUUUCAGGAUGGGAAACAUACCUACCAUGCCAAGUAUAUACGAACAUCUUAUGACACAAAUUUGGAGCAGCUAUUACAUCUGAUGUUGAAAGAAUGGAAAAUGGAACUGCCAAAGCUUGUGAUCUCUGUUCAUGGGGGCAUUCAGAACUUUGAGAUGCCUCUCAAAUUGUUUCAGGUUUUCAGUCAAGGGCUGAUCAAAGCUGCAGAGACAACAGGAGCAUGGAUAAUAACUGAAGGCAUCAAUACAGGCAUCUCCAAGUAUGUAGGCGAUGCUCUCAAAGCACAUUCCUCUCAAUACCUCAGGAAAAUCUCAACAAUUGGAAUCCCUCCUUGGGGAAUCAUUGAGAACCAGAAAGAUCUUAUUGGAAAAGAUGUAGUGUGCCUGUAUCAGACUCUGGGCAAUCCUCUUAGCAAGCUGACCACCCUCAACAGUAUGCACUCACAUUUCAUUCUGUCAGAUGAUGGUACUGUGGGGAAAUAUGGAAAUGAAAUGAAGCUGAGGAGGAACCUAGAAAAAUACCUGUCCUUGCAAAAAAUAAAUUCCCGAAUGGGUCAAGGUAUACCCAUAGUGGGUCUGGUGGUCGAAGGAGGCCCUAAUGUGAUCCUCAUGGUGUGGGAGUUUGUCAAAAACAACUCACCAGUUCCUGUGGUGGUCUAUGAGGGCACAGGCAGAGCUGCUGAUCUCUUGGCUUUUACUUAUAAACACACAGCUGAUGAAGGGGAACUCCGACCUUUGGUGAAAAAAGAGAUCAUUCAUAUGAUUCAAAAGACUUUCAGUUUUGAUCUUAAGCAGUCUAAUCACCUUUUAAAAAUUCUGAUGGAGUGUAUGGAGCACAGAGAGUCUAUCACCAUAUUUGAUGCUGAUCCAGAGGAGCAGCAAGACCUUGAUUUAGCAAUCCUGACAGCCUUGCUUAAAGGUACAAAUCUGUCAGCCUCAGAACAAUUAAACCUAGCAAUGGCCUGGAACAGGGUGGAUAUUGCUAAGAAGCAGAUUCUUAUUUAUGGACAACACUGGAAGACUGACUCUUUGGAACAAGCCAUGAUGGAUGCUUUAGUGAUGGAUCGGGUGGAUUUUGUAAAGCUCUUAGUAGAAUAUGGAGUGAAUCUGCACCGCUUUCUCACUAUCUCCCGGCUAGAAGAGCUCUACAAUACAAAAAAUGGACCAAACAACAUGCUUUUGCAUCAUCUUGUGCAUGAUGUAAAACAGAGCUAUCUUCCUUCAGACUACAGAAUUUCAUUGAUUGAUAUUGGUUUAGUGAUAGAGUAUCUAAUUGGUGGAGCAUAUCGGAGCAGCUACACAAGGAAGAGUUUCAGAGCCCUAUACAAUAAUCUCAACAGAAAAAAUAAGAGAGUAACCAGCUUUGUUCAGAACUUUUCUCAUCCUUCCCUUCACCGGAUAAGUCAUUUAGGAAAUCUGGGUGGAUCUGAUGAAAAUACUCUGCAUUCCCAGUUCUUAAGGACAGCACAACCGUACAAGUUCAAGGAGAAAUCAGUAGGCCUUCAUAAAUCGAGAAAGAAGUCAAAGGAAGAACAACAUUUACCAGAAGACUCACAAUCUACUGACUUUAUUUACCCUUAUAAUGACUUGCUGGUUUGGGCAGUGUUGAUGAAAAGGCAGAAGAUGGCCAUGUUUUUCUGGCAGCAUGGAGAGGAGGCCAUGGUUAAGGCAGUGAUUGCCUGUAAACUGUAUCGAGCAAUGGCACAGGAAGCUGAGGAGAGCAACAUAAUGGACGGUACCUCAGAUGAGUUAAACAAUUACUCCAAAGAGUUUGGUCAGCUUGCUCUGGAUAUAUUGGAAAAAGCAUUUAAACAGAAUGAAAGAAUGGCUAUGAAGCUGCUGACUUAUGAGCUGAAGAAUUGGAGUAAUUCCACUUGCUUGAAAUUGGCUGUGUCUGUGGGGCUACGAUCUUUUGUUUCUCACACUUGUACUCAGAGGUUACUAACUGACAUGUGGAUGGGACGUUUGAAAAUGACAAAAAAUUCAUGGAUAAAGGUCAUAAUAAGUAUUUUUUUACCACCCACCAUAUUGAUGUUAGAAUUCAAAACCAAGGCAGAAAUGUCACAUGUUCCCCAGGCACAGGACUCUCAGUUUACAUGGUACAAUGAUGACCAGAAUUCCAGCAGUCCUAAAGUAAAUGUCUCAAUGAAAAAUGAUUUUGAUUUUGAAAAAGGAUCUGAUGAGAAACCUUAUGAUAGUCAGAACUUUGUCUUACAUCAUGGGCCCCAAAGCCUUCCUGCUACCAGAAAAGUCUAUGAAUUCUACAAUGCUCCAAUUGUCAAGUUCUGGCUUUACACGAUGGCAUAUUUGGCAUUUCUCAUGCUCUUCACAUACACCGUAUUGGUGGAGAUGCAGCCUCAGCCCACAGUGCAAGAGUGGCUUGUUAUUAUCUACAUUUUUACUACUGCUAUUGAGAAAGUCAGGGAGAUAUUUAUCUCCGAACCAGGGAAGUUUACCCAAAAGGUAAAAGUAUGGAUUAAUGAAUACUGGAACUUAAUAGACACUAUUGCCAUCAGCCUGUUCACAAUUGGUUUUGGCCUUCGAUGGGCUGAUCCCUCUACACAAGUAGCUGGAAGGUUAAUUUAUUGCAUAGAUAUCAUAUUCUGGUACUCGCGACUCUUGGACUUCCUUGCUAUGAAUCAACAUGCUGGUCCAUAUUUAACCAUGAUUGGGAAGAUGACAGCAAAUAUGUUCUGCAUUGUGAUUAUGAUGGCCAUCGUGAUCUUGAGCUUUGGAGUGGCACGAAAAGCUAUUCUUUCUCCACAUGAGUCCCCAUCUUGGUCACUGGCUCGGGAUAUUGUAUUUCAGCCAUAUUGGAUGAUGUUUGGAGAGGUCUAUGCUUCAGAGAUAGAUGUUUGUGCAAGCAACAAGCAGUGCCCUCCUGGCUCCUUUCUUACUCCAUUUCUUCAAGCAGUUUAUCUCUUUGUGCAGUAUAUCAUCAUGGUGAAUCUACUGAUUGCUUUCUUCAACAAUGUUUACUAUCAAAUGAAGGCCAUUUCAGAUAAACUGUGGAAAUAUAAUCGCUACCGAUACAUCAUGACUUAUCAUGAGAAACCAUGGCUGCCUCCACCUUUCAUCUUAUUGAGCCAUAUAUGCCUCCUAUUCUGUUGUUUCUGCCAUCGUCGAAAUCAUCACCCAAAUGAAUUGGAUCAAGAAGAAGGUGAUGUUGGAUUAAAACUCUACCUAAGUAAAGAGGAACUCAAGAAACUCCAUGCUUUUGAGGAACAAUGUGUGAAAGAAUACUUUCAUGAGAAGACAGAGAGCCUGAAUUCUAGCUGUGGGGAAAGAAUACGAGUGACCUCUGAAAGGGUUGCAGAAGUGUACUUCCAAUUUAAAGAAGUGAAUGAGAGAGUGUCCUACAUAAAGGACUCUUUGCUCUCUUUGGACAGCCAUGUGGGACACCUGCAGGACCUUUCCGCCCUGACAGUAGACACACUGAAAGUACUUUCAGCUGUUGACACCCUGCAAGUGGAAGAAGCCCUGUUGGCCAGCUCAAAAUAUACUGCUUGUAGAAAACUCCCCCACAGCUGGAGCAAUGUCAUCUGCUCAGAGAUGCUUAACAGCUUGGAAAACUCUGGGAAGAUAAAGGGUCAGUAUUACAGUAUGCCUCCAUCCUUGCUUCAGAGCCAGAUGAGAAGCUACCACUUUUCUGGAAGACAGAAGAGUUCCUUUUUGGAGAUCAUGGACAGUCAAGGACCAGAGGAGGACCAGGAAAAGAAAGGAACGCCAAGUGGUCCAGUUACUGUGUUCCUUAACAGCGGCUCACUUCCUAAGCUUAGUCAAUUUCUCCUGGUUUCUCCCAAUAUAACAAAGCCUUCUUUUUCCGCAGAAGCUGACAUGGCUGUGUCUUCUACAAAACCUGCAGCUGAACCUGUAUUGGGUUGGUUGGCAACAGAGCCACAAGCCAAUCAGGAUAAUUUGCCCAUUUGUCUGAAUAGUCAAACAUCAGCUGAUGUUGAUAAAAAGUCAGCUGAAGAUUCUGAUGAAGAUUCCAUAAAUAGAUCAAUUACAAAGAACAGUGGAGAUCUUCUUCCACCAACUAGCUGUUUUGUCCCCAAAUCAGUGGAAGGGACCUCACUUCCUUUCCAGAGAGACAGUUUAAGAGCAGGAGGUGGCUAUGUGAAUUGGGCAUUUUCAGAAGGGGAUGAUGAAACUGGCGUGUUUAACAUGAAGAAAAAAUGGCAUUCACAAUUGCCCUCCAGGUGUAAUUUGGACUCUUCCGAUAGGAGUAACUUCCAAGUCCAGAUGGAGACAACUAAAUCCCUUAACUACAACUCAGCAAGGUCACUCCAGUGCAAUAACAAUUCAAAGUCAGAGUCGUCGCUCCAGCCAAACACAUACCUUUGGUUCAAUCCCCUUCGUAGAAACUGGGCCUUUCUCCAAAAUGGCAGCUUUAAAUCUCACAAGGGAGAAAGAUUGAUGAAGACCUGCAAAAGUAAAGAUUUUUCAAGACCCUCAGAGAAGUGCCAAUCAGUGUGGACCAAAGCAAAACUUCGAAGUAAGGAAAGGAAAUUGUCAAAGGAAAAGAAAAAACUGCAGCGACUUCAAGUUCCGGUGAUAACAGUGAAUAACUGUCACACACAGAUGAAUUCAGAACCAGCAGAAAAAACAUUUUCAGUGGAAGGAAAAGAGGAUGAUAAAAACUGGCUUACCACCUCCGAAUUUAGUCCGAUAAAAUCACAUACAUACCAGAAAGCAAAAUCUCCAAAAAUUAGAAGACAUGCCAUAUGUAUCAAUGACUAUCUGAAGCAACCUCACGAGGAUUUGAGCAAAAAUGCUCACUGGACUACUAGGCAGACAAGUCAGAACAGGAACUCACUGUCCAAAAGUUUGGAAGGAAUUGACAAAAUUUCGGCCCCUUUAAAAACUACUCAAGAUCUGCACCAUCAUUAUUCAGCUGUUGAAAGGAACAAUUUAAUGAGGCUUUCUCAAACCAUACCGUUUACCCCGAUACAAUUCUUUGCUGGAGAAAAAGUAACCAUCUAUAAGCUAGAAGAGAGUUCUCCUUUGAACCUUGAUAAAAGCAUGUCCUCCUGGUCCCAGCAUGGAACAACUGCAAUGAUUCAGGUCUUAUCCCGAGAGGAGAUGGAUGGAGGGCUCCGGAAAGCCAUGAAAGUAGUAAGCACCUGGUCUGAAGAUAAUAUGAUCAAGCCAGGGCAGAUCUUCAUUGUCAAGUCUUUUCUUCCUGAGGUGAUACAGACAUGGCACAAGAUAUUUGGCGAAGAUACUGUACUGCAUCUCUGCCUCAGAGAGAUCCAACAACAAAGAGCUGCUCAAAAGCUGAUCUAUACCUUCAACCAAAUAAAACCACAUACUAUUCCUUAUACACCAAGAUUCCUGGAGGUCUUUUUAAUAUAUUGCCAUUCAGCAAACCAGUGGUUAACCAUAGAGAAGUACAUGACUGGUGAGUUCCGCAAGUACAACAACAACAAUGGAGAUGAAAUAUCUCCCAGCAACAUCUUGGAGGAGCUGAUGUUGACUUUUUCCCACUGGACUUAUGAAUAUACCCAAGGAGAACUACUUGUUCUGGAUUUGCAAGGUGUUGGAGAAAAUCUGACAGAUCCAUCUGUUAUUAAACCUCGAGACAAACAAUCAAGAAGGAUGGUGUUUGGACCGGCAAAUUUAGGGGAAGAUGCAAUUAGAAACUUCAUUGCAAAGCAUCGGUGCAAUUCCUGUUGUAUGAAGCUCAAACUCCCUGAUCUCAAAAGGAAUGCCUACAGCCCUGGGAGAAUCAAUUCUGCUUUGAAACUGCAAAAAGAAACAGAACCAGUCAAAGAGACUGUGGUAGAAGAGAAUCCUAGUGACCCCAGAGAAGAUUUCACACGCUUAUAAUGGAGAAGAAUAGGGAAAUGGAGCCCUAAUGGUUUUCUGAAUCAGCUCAAUGUUAGACAACUUGGAUAUUUGUGCAUAUUCUAUUGCAUCGUAGGGAUGGACUCUAGAACUCAGCUUCUUAAAUAUAUGUAUCUAUACCAACAAUCCAUUACAUGCUUUAAGUAUGAGCUCUUAUACUUCUUUACUCUCUGUGCAUUAAUGUUUUCUGUGUAUUCUUUUUUUUUUCUGGGAUGUGUGUGUGUAAAAUUUUUUAUUUAUUUUAAACUUAAAUAUAAAACAAGAAAAGAAAAAAAACCAUGCCAUGUACACAGCAGAACAUGAGAUGAUUCAAUAUAAAGCAAGAAAUUUCCAUUUUAAGAAAAUCUGUAUAAGAAAUACUACAUAUUGUUUUUAAGCUGCUUAGCUUUUUUUUUUUUAUUUAUUUGCUUUCUUAUGGGUUUUCUUUUGUUCUCUAUUGUACACUUUUAAAUUUAUUUUUAAAUUUUCCUCCCAUAAAGCCCCAUUCCUGCCCUAAAGAAGACUAUAGUUAUCUAUAUCUAUAUGCAUCUCUCUCUAUAUAUACAUAUAGAUAAAUAUGUAUGAACAUACACAUA